AUGCUAAAUUCGAAGUCUAGAUGGCUCUACAGUAAGAAUAUCCAACUACGGCUGAUGCAUGCCCACGUUCUCUGGGCAUGCUGUGGUACGGGACUCCAAGUGAGAUUGUUUCAGGAAAUCCGAAAGUCUCCAGAUGAUGCGGAGUAUACUCUUGGUACGGGAAAGUCUGCAAAGGCUGUAGGCUUUGACGGCGCGUUUUAA